AUGCUAACCAUCUUACAAUUUCCCUGUUGGAUUUUAAAUGUUGAACAUAAUCUCACACUUUUUGAUUCAAGAAUUGAAAUUACAAGGCACAAUUUAUUAUUUAAAAUCGAUAUCCAUCCAAGAAUAAAAAUGAAAUGGGAUAUUUCUAUUUCUGGAAUAAAAGCUAUUCAUAUUGAAGAUUUAAUGAUAAAAGCCGAUCAAGAAAAUUUAUAUUAAUUAAAACAUCAUCUUGAUGGAAGAGUAUCAUAUUUGGGGAUUUAGAAUUUUUAUUAAACAAUAGAGUUGCUUUCUGAUAAAAAGUAUUGUAAAGUAAUUUUAUCAAAAAUUUAAGAUCUGUAAAGUGGAAGAUAAGUUAACAAAAGUACAAUUUUGUUGUAGAUCUUUCAGAAAAGAUGCCUACAAUUAAGAAUAAUUGUAUUAAUCAAUUAUUAUUAUGUACAAACUGUAACAACAUAAUAAUUUCCCGAAAUUAUAUGAAAUAUAUGAAUCAAAGGCCCACAUCUAUAUUGUUAUGGAAUUGUUAGAUCGUCAUCUAAAUGUAGAUUUGAUUCAUGAAGAAAUCUAAAUCAUUGCAUUGGUAUUAUUUCACUAAGGUAUUGUUAGGACUUACUAAAAACAGUUAAGGUUCUAAUGGAUUACAACAUUUAAUAUUCCAAAUUUAAAUUGUCUAAUCUAAUGAUGGAUAGACGUGGUAACAUUAAACUUAUUAGUUUCUGUUAAGGUUUUGGAUCUAAUAGUAUUUAAAUUAACAACUAUCUUUUUUAUAUUGGAUAAAUUAUAAUCAAGCUGUAACAAUACAAUCUUAUGUAGUUAUGGAUUUAAAGAUUCUUACAAUUCAUUACCUUAUAUUCCAGAUAAAGGCAAUGAAUUUAUCAUUGGAUUAUUGAACCCAAAUUUAGAUAAUAGAUUUACUUUUGAUGAUGCAAUGCAACACGAAUAUAUUAAAAGUAUUUUUGAAGAAACCAAUAUACCUAUUAAAAAUACAUAAAAUCCUAAGUUAAUAACUGGGGUGACAGAAUCGAUAACUCAAUACACCAAGAGUUUUUACUGUUAAAAAAUUAAAUGA